AUGACAGGGCAACCUUCGGCGCCUUCAAGAGUGGCCUUCGGUCAACUGGCGCACAGCAGCAACUGGCGCACAUACGACGAGUUGAUGAAGCAGGCGGCAGUUCAUGCGAAAGCCGAAUAUUUCAACUCCAAACCCGGGCCUUCGACUCGGGAGGAGGAGUCAGGGACCAAGAGUUAUCCGGGGCAAACUGAUGAUUCUAUGGCAGGACACAAACGGAAGGACGAUCGUGAUAGUCGUCAGGGAAACUCGAAAAAGGGGCGUGGGAAAUACAGUCGUAACGACCACUGUGCGCCGCUACCGAAUCACGAUCGUGCCCAGGAAGUCUUCACCCUGUUGAACACAACGUACGAGACCGUUCUGAUGAACGAGCAUGACCAAAUACCGAAGCCGACGAACCGAAAACCCAAUCGGCAGGAUAAUCGGGACACUGGUAAAUUCUGCCGAUACCACCAGCAGAACAACCACAACACCGAAGACUGCAUCAGUCUGAGGAAGAUCGUUGAGCAUCUGAUUCGGGAAGGAAAGCUGGAUCAUUACAUCGCCAGGCCACCACAGGCACCGGCACCGAACGCGAAUCGGCAGAUCAACAUGAUCAGCACCAUCAGGGGUGGCCCCACUCUGGCGAGACCCUCUAACCGUUCGAUGAAACAGUAUGUGCAUGCCGCCCACUACCCUCAGGUCUUCGGCAUAGAAGACGAUCGGUGCCGAAAGAUGCAGUAUCAGUCUGCCCAUCACCUUCGGCGUCGUCCCUAG